AUGGCAACGAUGCGAUUUGCGAUCUUGGCCCUGGCUGCCGCUGCUGCCUUUGCGCAGAUGAGCGACAUGGACGCCGACAUGUCCACCAGCACCACCGCCAUGGCCGAUUCUGCUGCCAGUGAGACGACCUCGAUCUUCACGGGUUCACCCAUCGGUUUCACUAAUACCAGUUCGACAGCUACGGAUUCUGCUGCGGCCAUGACCACCCCUUUCAUGGGCUCGUCGGCGGCAGCUGACAUGACUUCGAGCAUGGCGGCGGAUGGCAUGGACUCGAGCAUGACGGCCUCCGACGACAUGAGCUCAACCAUGACGUCGGGCGACGAUACUGAUAUGACCAGCUCGAUGGACCCUGAUGUGACCAGCAGUCAGAUGAGCGACAUGCCAACGACGAUGGCCACCAUGGCCGGCAUGCCGAUGGGCACCGGUGGCAUGACGACGCCCAAUGCCACUAAGACUGGCCAGCCAGUGGCAGGCUCUGCCGUCGUCAACGGAAUCUCUGUCGGUCUCUUUGUCGUCUCGGUUGCACUUACUGCACUUAUUCAGCUGUAA